AACAGUUGGUCGUAUGGCAUAUUACUCUAUGAAAUUGUGACAUUGGGUGGCUCACCGUAUCCUGCAAUACCAACAAAUCGCUUGGUACAAUAUCUGAAAAGUGGACACCGCAUGGACAAGCCUAUUCACUGCGAGCAACAACUAUAUGAUCUUAUGCUGACCUGUUGGAAUGCAAAUCCUGCUGAUAGACCCACUUUUACGGAAAUACUUCAAAAACUGGAUAAGUUUCUGGUUAAGGAACUAACUGAUAAGACCGAAUAUACUACAAAUGUAACAACAUUGAAUUUAAUAGAUAAGGUAAAGCCAUGUUUGGACGAUUCCUAUUUAAAACCUUUGGUGUGAAUUAAUCAGGAAACUGUUACUUAAUAAUAACAUUGAAGACUGAAAAACAUUUUGUUAUU